ACUUGGAAGACUACCUGGAAAUGAUCGAGCAGCUACCCAUGGAUCUCCGCGACAGGUUUACGGAAAUGAGAGAGAUGGACCUGCAAGUUCAAAUUGAAGAUUUUUUCCGUCAUCAUUGGCAAGUGUCCUUGUUCCCAUGAAGUUUAAUGAUUCAUCCCUUCUUUCAAUGGAAUAACAACAAGGCCCAGGUUACAUGAGUCAGUUGUUAGUUCAGAAUGACUGAACCUGUGAUUAAAAAAAAAAAACGUGAUCAAGACCAGGUUUGGGACUGAGAUGCCACAGACCAGCUGGAGCAGAAGGUGAUAGAGUUCUUUGUUAACGCUAAGAAAAACAAGCCGGAGUGGAGGGAGGAACAGAUGGAGGUCAUUAAAAAGGACUAUUACAAGGCUUUGGAAGAUGCGGAUGAGAAAGUACAGCUGGCCAAUCAGAUUUAUGAUCUGGUGGACCGCCACUUGAGGAAGCUGGACCAGGAGUUGGCCAAAUUCAAGAUGGAGCUGGAGGCUGACAAUGCAGGCAUCACUGAGAUCCUGGAAAGACGAUCUCUGGAGAUGGACAGUCCUUCUCAGCCGGUCAAUAACCACCAUGUCCACUCACACGCCACAGCUGAGAAGAGAAAAUACAGUGCGCCCACACACCACACUACAGAGCAUGUCCCAGAGAAGAAGUUCAAGUCAGAGGCCUUGCUCUCGACCCUCACUUCAGAUGCAUCCAAGGAGAACACGCCAGGCUGCCGGACUAAUAGUAAUUCAUCGUCCGCAAACAACGUCUACAAUGUGAACUCCUCUCAGACGCUGACCUCGUACAGCCUCAGCUCCCUACCUGCUGGGCCGGGGGCUGGGGCGGGGGCCAUUACCAUGGCAGCAGCACAGGCUGUGCAGGCCACCGCACAGAUGAAGGAGGGCAGGAGGACGUCUAGUUUGAAGGCCAGCUAUGAGGCCAUCAAGAACAAUGACUUCCAGCUGGGGAGGGAGUUCUCUCUAUCAAGGGAUUCCUCAGGCUACUCCUCAUCCGCUCUGGCCUCUACUCUCACGCAGACCCUCACCCCCUCUGCCUCCUCUGAUUCCAGAGGACGCAAGUCCAAGAGCAGCAUUAAAUCUUCAAAUCAUCAGUCAUCUUCAUCCUCAUCCUCCUCAUCACUGUCAUCAUGCUCUUCAUCAUCGGCCCUGGCCCAGGAGCUUUCUCAGCAGGCCUCAGUGCUGCCUGAAGCUGAGGCCAACAGCCAGGUAGACUGGACCUACGACCCCAAUGAGCCCCGCUACUGCAUCUGCAACCAGGUUUCUUAUGGAGAAAUGGUUGGAUGUGAUAAUACAGAUUGUCCCAUUGAGUGGUUCCACUACGGCUGCGUAGGCCUGACAGAAGCCCCCAAGGGGAAGUGGUAUUGCCCCCAGUGCACAGCGGCCAUGAAGAGGAGAGGCAGCAGGCACAAAUAGAGCUCCUACCUGGUGCUCACAUCAGUUCAUCCUGGACCACCUUUGUGCCCCACGCAUACUUAUCGUACCCCAAACAAAAAAAACACAAAAAACAAAAACAAAAAAACCCCUGUAGAUCCUUGCAAAGUGUAUCGUUACACACAUGGUUCACUUGCCCGUCUGACCAGUCCUCAAGCGGUGCUGGUCAGACUCGGAUAUGACGGGACGUGUUGUGUGUGUGUGUAGACAUAGUGGAUGCUCGGGAACGGCUCCCUGAAACCACAUUUUUCACUCCCCGUAGCCUCCCUUAACGCCCCGCCUCAUCCAAACAUUCCUCAUCGGUCCUCUUGCAGCUGGUGACCACACGCGUAAGAAGUGCUUGUCUGUAGGAAGCGCUGCCACCCGGGGGCUGUGGUCAUGCAAACGCCAUCGACCAGGUGUGUCACCAAACUGCAAAAGCCCAACAACCCCCCCCCUUUUACAUGUUUUAAUCGUAUGUGGUGUGAUGAAACGUCAGUGUGUAGAGCGAGGAGUCGAGAUGGUUCUAGAACGUUUCCGGUGUUCAGUAAAUGUUGUCUCACUGUGUGACCGAGAUUCUGUCAGUCUCCUAACGAGUUUUUCAGAUAUGGAAGACCGAUGUCAUCGAUAAACCGUGUGUGUGUGUGUGUGUGUGUGUGUGUGUGUGUGUGUGUGUGUGUGUGUGUGUGUGUGUGUGUGUGUGUGAUUGGAAAUAGGUGCUGUAUAUGUCACUAUUCAUUCUGCACUGAUGGUUUGUAAGUUCAGAGAUGUCAAAAAGUCCAAUAAAAUGGUCAAGUUCUUUUGUA